AUGUAUUUCUGUUGUAUUUCAUAAACUUAUGAUGAAGUGUCUGAUGGCACUACUCUAAGAGACAAUUAUUAGGAAAAUCUCUUUACAGAUGUUUAUGAGACUGAAAAUUAAUAUCUAUAAUUAGUUGGUGAAGAAAAUUAUUCUCUUACUAUUAAAUCUUCACAAAACAUAUUUCCAAAAGAGGAAAGUUCAUCCUAAUCUUUUCCUCUUGAAUUAUUAUCAAUAGUGUUUGAUAAAUCGAAAUAUAUUAGAGAAAUUAAUAACAUUUUUAUUCCCUACUCCAAAGAUUUAAAACUAUUUUCACAUUUGAUAGAAAAUAAUCAUUCCAAAUAAAUUUAUACUCUAGAUAAUAAGUAUUUACAUUUCCCCACAAAUUAUAAAUAAAUUAAAUAAAUAUCAAAAGAAUGGACUAGUAGAUUUGAUUUAACAAUAAUUGAUUGCUUUAAUAAUGAUAUAGAAAGAAUUUUAAAAAAUAUACAUUAGAUAAAUUAAUUAUCUAAUAAUUAAGUUUUCAUUUUCAAGUAUUGUACUAAACCUAAUAGAAUUAUUAGUUAGAUAAUGGAAAAUUUGUAAACACAAAGAGAAGAAUUAAUGCUAAUCUCAAUUGGAGGUUAACAAAGUUAUUAUUUAUUUUUCUAUGGAUUAUUAACUUCAACUAAAAAUUAUUCAAGAUUUUAUACAAUAAAGAAUCUCUUAUUAGAAGAUAUUUAAUGUAGAGCUUAAUAUAAUGUUUUAGUACAUAAAUUAUUAGAAUAUAUUUUAGGAAUAGGGAUAUCAUUUUCAAAAAUUGCAUAAAUAAUUGGAAAAAUUAAAUUAAAAUAUGAAGAGGAAUUGAAAAAAUAAUUUUCUAAAAGUUUAUUGUAAAUUUUCUUAAAUUAAAUAAUCAACGAAAAACCUGUUGAUUAUAAAAUUGUCUAAAGGAUAUUUAAAGAUUUCUUAAUACAAGAUUAAAAUUCUUCAACUCUAAUUUUAAAUAUAGAUUAAAUAUCUCACACAAUAAAAAAUAUUACAUAAGACCAAGCAAAUUCUUAUAAUAAGAAAUACAGUAAUGAAUUUACAAAUAAAAAGAAAUCCAAUUCAACAAUUGAUCUUUGUAAAUAAUCAAAUUGA